CUUUACGGCCGGGGUGCUCAGUUAUCAUGUAACUGCUGUCCUUGUAAAGAUGUGGACAACACAUGUCACUUACUGAAGUCUGCAGCAGCUAACUGACACAAAAUCAAUCAGGACUUGACAUGGCGUCCCGCUUCCUGAAGUACUCUGUGUUUCUUCAGAAGUACAGGACUCCGCUGCUCGUUGCGAGCUGUGGUGGGGUCUUUGCAGCCAACAUGUUCUACCAUGUUUUUCCUGAUGUGUUCUACCGUCAGCUCUAUCAGGCCUGGUCCAAAGGAGAACCAGCCACGCUGUCUGAAAAGCUGGAGGAUGUUUUCCAGCAGGUGCUGAAGGACUACGGUAUCAGCUCACCUAAGAAUUUCUCCGCCUUUGCCUCCUUUGGGUUCCAUCCGGUUGGUGCGGGUGUUCCUUGGCUUUUUGCCGGGGCCCAAAUUGGCAUCCCAGCAAACUUUAACAGCACGUCCAACGACCCCAUGGGAAUCACCAACCGCACCAUUUUCAUCAACGGCAAAACGGUGGACUGGACCAGUGAAGCCGGCGCUGCUCUACAGGAGGCGCUGGUGUUUUCCCUUGAGGCGCAGAAGUUUGCCAUAGCACGAGAAGUGGCCCGCUUACAGUCUGGGGGCCCUGUUAUUAGUGCUGCUGUUGCCCCGCUCUGCCUGGCUGGGGUUUGGGUGUACAGCGUGCUCAUGAAGCAGGUGUUUGGGCUCCACGCGGGCCCUCCACUACUUCGCGGGGGUGUGAACGUUCUGGCCCUUGGGCUCGGUGCCGUGUCCUACUUCCUUACCUCGGAUGCCAUUGGCCAAUGGAUGGACUAUAAGUCGGACCGGUGUGCGGCAGGACUCUCGCGUGAUUAUGCCGAAGGAGGGGUAGAAUUUUACAAUAAAAUUCUCGCCAGAAAUAGGACACUACGCUCCCUUAUGGGACAGAAGGGAGAGGAAAUGUAUGCCCCGAGCGGAAACUUGUUUCCUGCUCACCUCCUUAAGCUGAAACACACACCGUACACAUCCAGGAGGGAGGGGAUCCUUACUCUGCUGAAUGAGAAAAAAGCUUAAAAAUUAAUGUGAGGGGGUGCGAUGUCAGCUGAACCUGUAAUGAUCUAUAAGCUGUACUCAUCAUGGAAUAGACUGUUGGAUAAAAAAAGCAAUGAAAGACGGUCCCUCCGCUUGUUUUUGAAGCAUAAAACCUUAGCCAAAAGAACUUUAAAAAUAUUUUUCAUAGAAAUAUAUCAUUUCAUCUAAGAUAAAUGUUAAUGUGUGCAAUGUUUUGUAGCACAAGACAGUCUGGUCAAGUCCUGGGGUUUCCAUUAUUUAGCAGCUAGUUGGACUGGUGAUUUAUUUAUUCAACAGAAGGUAAGAUUUAGGUGGUUACCCAAUGCACAAAUAAACAUUUUGAUGCCUGUUCUGAGCA